GUAAACUUCUUUAUCAAGCUAUAUUCUUUUGUGCAUACACUUGAAGAAAACCACGUGGGGGCUUCUUCCUAAUCUCAAAUUUAAAAUCUAUUUCUAAAAAGUUAGAAAGAAUGGCGACAGAUCUCUGCUAUACUCUCGUUUAUCAGGACGACGCGACCGAAACGCCUUCCAUUCAAGAAUUUCAGAGAGCUUUUGAAAGAGGCCCUGAUGAAGUUCGUAUCGAAACGAUGAAGAAAUUACUCGUCAUUAUGCUGAACGGUGACCCUAUGGAGAAACUCCUAUUGCAUGUCAUCCGUUUCGUUUUACCAUCCAAAAACAAGCAAUUGAAAAAGUUACUACAAUUUUAUUGGGAAAUCUGCCCUAAAACCAAGCCAGAUGGAAAGCUCAAGGAUGAAUUCAUUCUAGUUUGUAAUGCGCUUAUGCACGAUCUACAACAUCCAAACGAAUAUAUCCGAGGUUCGACUCUUCGUUUCUUAUGUAAAAUUAAGGAAGCAGAAGUUUUAGAACCACUUGUUCCAUCCGUGAGAGCUUGUUUGGAACAUCGCCAUUCCUACGUCAGAAAGAACGCCGUUUUCGCCAUUGGUUCCAUCUACAAAGUCUUCGACCAUCUUUUCCCUGAUGCACCCGAAGUCAUUCAGUCUUUCUUACUUUCUGAAGCAGAUACGACUUGCAGGCGUAACGCUUUUGUCGUUCUUUGCAGCAUCGACCAAGCGAUUGCUGUAAACUAUUUGAUUCAAGUUAUCGACUCAGUUCCUAACUUUGACGAGUUAUUGCAGUUGGCAGUCAUCGAACUUAUCCGUAAAGACUCUAAAGUUAGCUCUGCUAACAAGGCUGCUUACAUCCGCUGCCUAUCAGAACUGCUAGCAGCAGCAGCUCAUUCAGUUAAAUAUGAAGCUGCUGCAGUCCUUUUAUACUUAACCACGAGCCCUGCAGCUGUCAAAGCUGCUGCAUCUUGUUAUAUCGAAUUAAUUGUCAAGGAAUCGGACAAUAAUGUCAAGCUUAUCGUUCUUGACAGAUUGGAGGAGAUUCGAAAUAAGCAUGACCGCGUUUUGGAUGAUUUGGUUAUGGACAUUCUACAGGUUUUAUCGAGUCCUGACAUUGAAGUGCGUCGUAAGGCUAUUCGUAUUGCAAUGGAGAUGGUUUCAUCGAGAAAUGUUCAGGAAGUUGUUCUUUUCUUAAAGAAAGAAUUGACAAAAACUCAAGACGAUGCGUAUGAAAAGAAUACUGAAUAUCGUCAAUUAUUGAUUCAAUCAAUUCACACAUGCGCUAUCAAAUUUUCAGAGGUUGCAGCCAAUGUUGUUCAUGUUCUUAUGGAAUUCUUGGGCGACUCGAAUAACCCUGCUGCCGUCGACGUUGUUGCUUUCGUUAGAGAAGUUGUCCAAAAAUUCCCAGGUUUAAGAGAAUCUAUUUUGGAAAAGCUGUUGGAUACUUUUUCGGAUAUGAAAUCAGCAAAGGUUUUCCGUGGUGCUCUUUGGAUUAUCGGUGAAUAUUGCGAAAGUGCAAAGGAAAUUGAAGAUGCCUGGUCCCAAAUUCGUCAAACUUUGGGUGAAAUUCCCUUAUUAGCUUCUGAGCAGAAAUUAUUAGAUGCUACCGAAGCUGCCGAAAACAACGAAAACGAUAAGAGUGCUGAUAAAUCCAGUGCUAUUCCUUCAGGAAAUGCAGCUCCUCGUCGUAUCCUUGCCGACGGCACUUAUGCAACUGAAAGUGCUUAUACAGAAUCCUCAUCUGCUGCUUCAAGACUUGAGGCAGUCAAGGCUGCUAAGAAGCCUCCACUUCGUUCUCUCUUAUUAGCUGGUGAUUAUUUCCUUGGCACGGUCCUUUCUACUGCUUUAACAAAAUUGGUCCUCCGCUAUAACGAAGUUGCUAAUGAUACAGCUUCUGCAAACGCUCGUAAAGCCGAGGCAAUGUUGAUUAUGACUAGCAUCUUACGUAUCGGACAGUCCAAAUUUGUCGCUUUCGAAAUCGAUGAAGAUUCUUACGAUCGUAUUAUGCAAGACCUCCGUGUUGUCGGUUCUGCCGGCCAAGAUAAGGAGAUUGACAAUGUCUAUCUUAAGGAAACCCGUGAAGCGUACGCUAAACAAUUACAAGCCGAAGAAAAGCGUUUGGCUGAUGCCAAAGCAGAAAAUGAUGCUGGUGUUCAAAUACAGGUGGAUGAUGCGAUUGUCUUCCGUCAAUUCACAAAGAAGUCCGGUGGUGUUGCUGAUGAAUAUGAACAAGAUCUUUCGCGUGCUACUGGAACGCUUGACGAUAAGAACGAUCUCAUGAAUAAAUUGAACAGAAUUGUACAAUUGACCGGCUUUUCAGACAAUGUCUAUGCCGAAGCCAUUGUUAACGUUCAUCAAUAUGAUAUCCUUAUGGAUGUAUUGAUCGUGAACCAAACCAAUGAAACUUUACAAAACUUGACAGUAGAAUUCGCCACUUUAGGCGAUUUGAAGCUUGUCGACCGUCCUUCAACGUACAAUUUAGCUCCACGAUCUUUCUUAACAGUCAAAGCGCCAAUCAAGGUUUCGUCUACUGAAACAGGUGUUAUCUUUGGUAACAUUGUAUACGACUGCCACGGAUCAACAGAAAACUGCGUUGUUUUGAACGACAUUCACAUCGAUAUCAUGGACUAUAUAAAUCCGGCGUAUUGUAAUGAAACACAAUUCCGUUCCAUGUGGACCGAGUUUGAAUGGGAAAACAAGGUUAACGUGAACACCACUGUUGGUGGUCUAAGAGACUAUUUACAACACAUUAUGGACUCUACUAAUAUGAGUUGCUUAACACCUAAAAAGCAAUUGGAAGGAGACUGUGGUUUCUUAUCCGCUAACAUGUAUGCUAGAAGCAUAUUCGGUGAGGACGCACUAGCAAACUUGAGUAUCGAAAAGAGUGGAGAUGGACCUAUCACUGGUCAUAUUCGUAUUCGUUCCAAGACCCAGGGCAUCGCAUUGAGUCUCGGUGAUAAAAUUACAUUAGCGCAGAAAGUUGCAGCAUAACAAAAAUUCAUAUCCCUAAUUUCUUUUUUCUUUUUGUGAAUAAAAACAUUUUUUCUUUGAA